AUGUCAUGCAUUUACAGUCUCAAUUUCCAAUUUCAGGGAGGAGAGCAUUGCUAUUAUCAGGGACAAAUUCGAGGAAAUCCUGUAUCAUUUGUUGCCUUGUCAACGUGCCAUGGAUUACAUGGGAUGUUCUAUGAUGGAAAUCAUACUUACCUUAUUGAGCCAGAUGAAAACUACACUUCAGAUGAUGACUUCCAUUUCCACUCUGUUUACAAAUCCAAGUUGUUUGAGUUUCCUUUGGAUGACCUGCCAUCUGAGUUCUGGCAGAUGAAUACAACAUCACCGAAGUUUGUUAUAAAGCCAAGACACAAAAGAAGUAAAAGGCAGGUUCGUCAGAUUCCACGUAAAGUUGAAGAGGAAACAAAAUACAUUGAGUUAAUGAUUGUUAAUGACCAUCUAAUGUGUAAAAAGCACCGUUUGUCUGUCGGCCAUACAAACAGUUAUGCUAAAUCGGUUGUGAACAUGGCAGAUUUAAUAUAUAAAGAACAACUUAACACCAGGAUAGUAUUGGUUGCCAUGGAAACCUGGGCUACUGAUAACAAGUUCACCAUAUCUGAAAACCCCUUGGUGACCCUACGUGAGUUUAUGAAAUAUAGGAGGGAUUUUAUCAGAGAGAAAAGUGACGCAGUUCACCUUUUUUCGGGAAGUCGAUUUCAGAGCAGUCGGAGCGGCAUAGCCCACACUGGUGGAAUCUGCUCCUUGCUUAAAGGCGGAGGUGUGAAUGAGUUCGGAAAGCCAGACUUAAUGGCAGUUACCCUGGCACAGACCUUGGCCCAAAACAUUGGUAUUUUCUCAGAUAGAAGGAAACUUAUAAGUGGUGAGUGUAAGUGUGAAGACACAUGGUCUGGAUGCAUAAUGGGAGACACGGGGUAUUAUCUUCCAAGCAAGUUCUCCAAGUGUGAUAUUGAAGAGUAUCAUGAAUUUUUAAACAAUGGAGGUGGAGCCUGCCUUUUCAAUAAACCAACCAAACUUUUGGAUCCUCCAGAAUGUGGCAAUGGCUUUGUGGAAGAUGGAGAGGAGUGUGACUGUGGGACGAUAGCGGAGUGUGCCAGUGAAGGAGGAGAGUGCUGCAGUACUUGCACCCUGACGGCAGGCUCCCAGUGCAGCAACGGGCUUUGCUGUCGGAAAUGUCGGUUUGAACCUAAAGGAGUUUUGUGCCGAGAAGCUGUGAAUGAUUGUGAUAUUGCAGAGAACUGCACAGGAAAUUCCAGUCAGUGUUCUCCCAAUAUUCAUAAAAUGGAUGGAUAUUCAUGUGAUAACAAGCAGGGUAUUUGUUUUGGAGGAAGAUGUAAAACCAGGGACCGGCAGUGUAAAUAUAUCUGGGGUGAAAAAGUGAAAGCUGCUGACAGGUACUGCUAUGAGAAGCUGAAUAUUGAAGGGACCGAGAAAGGAAACUGUGGAAGAGACAAGGACUCAUGGAUACAGUGCAAUAAACAGGAUGUGCUUUGUGGAUACCUUCUGUGCUCCAAUAUAUCCAGUGUGCCCCGACUUGGAGAACUUGAUGGUGAAAUCACAUCAUCAGUCUUGCAGUUUGGAAAAAUCUACAAUUGCAGUGGCGGCCAUGUGAAGCUCGAUGAGGAGACGGACCUGGGCUAUGUGGAGAACGGGACGCCGUGUGGGCCCAACAUGGUGUGCCUUGAGCAUCGCUGCCUCCCCAUCGAGGCCUUCAACUUCAGUACCUGCCCAGGCACCACGGACAGCCAAAUUUGUUCAGGACACGGUGUUUGUAGCAAUGAAAUAAAGUGUGUCUGUGACCGAUUCUGGGGAGGAGAUGACUGCAGUUCUCGCAUCAAAGAUGUUAUAUUUUUUGAUAAAGAUGCCAUCAAUAAAGGUGUCAUUAGCACAAAUAUAAUAAUAGGGGCUAUUGCUGGCACCAUUUUAGUGUUGGCUCUCGUUUUAGGAAUAACUGGCUGGGGUUACAAAAACUACAGAAGACAGAGGUCAAAUGGAUUAUCUCAUUCCUGGAGUGAAAGGAUCCCAGACACAAAACAUAUUUCAGACAUUUGUGAAAAUGGGAGGCCUAGGAGUAACUCUUGGCAAGGUAAUAUAGGAGGAAACAGAAAGAAAGUCAGAGGCAAAAGAUUUAGGCCACGGUCUAAUUCAACUGAGUAUUUAAACCCAUGGUUCAAAAGAGAAUAUAAUGUAGCUAAGUGGGUAGAAGAUGUGAAUAAAAACACUGAAGGACCAUACUUUAGGACACUGUCUCCUGCAAAGUCUCCAUCUUCAUCCACUGGAUCUAUUGCUUCCAGCAGAAAAUACCCUUACCCGAUGCCACCACUUCCUGAUGAGGAGAAAAAAGCCAACAGGCAAAGUGCCAGGCUAUGGGAGACGUCCAUUUAGCUGCACUGUUUUCCUGGGGUGACAUCUGAUCUGUUUACUUCGAAUUUUUUAGAAACUCAGCAUCACUGAGUCAUUGCACAUUCAUCUGCUCUUCAGACAAUUUGAAAGAUCAACAGAGAUGCCUGUGAUCACAGUGAGAACCUCCUCCUGCAAGGGGAAAAACCAGUCUUUUCUUUCUUUCUUUUUUGUUGACCAAUAUUUUAUGGAUUUGAUGAACAACCAAAAUAACAACAAUUAACAGGGGAUCCUUAGCCCGGAUGUGACAAGGCUGUUCCGCAUGAUGACUUACCUAGAAUCCCAGCUGCAGUCUGUUGGCCAGUCCCGCGUAAGACAGGUUGUUCUCUGGUUUAACACAGCCCCGAGUCAGACCAGAGUGGAACUGGGAAUGUGCCUCCUGGAGAUCCCAGCCGAUGUAAACUUGUACACCGUAUGCAUGAACCUUGUGUUCUUUACUUUCCACAUGUAAGGGAUAAACAACAUACUGUAGUAGAAAUUAGCAUGCAGGAGUAAGAAAUAUAGGAUUUUUUUGUGACAGGAUUUCAAGCUUUGGAAGGCAACUAUUUGAAACAAAUGUCAAACAAACAAGGAUUAUAUCUUUUUUUAAACCUUACAUGUUUAUAAUCUCAGUAUACAGAUUGUAUAUAUGUAAACAUUUGAUAAUGUCAAAAAUAGCUGUUAUACAUAAGUGUAUUUUGCCAAAUGCCUAAAGAAACAGUCAUGACUAACAUCAUCACACUUCACAUUUUCUAAUAUUACGAGCAGACGACUUUGGAAAUAC